CUUUAACUGCACUCUCUCUAAUUGAGAAUGCUUACGUGCAUUCAACCAUCAUCAUCAUCAAUAGGCGGAUUUGGAAAAGCAGAUGACAAUGUUCGAAUUCUUCUAAUGGCGUCAGUUCGAAAUGAGUUUGGUGACACAUCAAUAUUCUCACGACUUGGUGUGACUGCUCUCGGACAACAUUACGUUUUAGUCACAAAAAAGAAAAUGUUCGGCGGAUAUACGACUCACAUGAUAACUGCGAAUAUGAGAAACCGACCGUUCAUCUCGAUUCCGUUCAAAGUGUCGUCUGGAGCCCAAUCCAUCGAGGAGUCUCGUGACCUCAUCAGCCGCCUUACUACAGUUCUUGGUCGCCCGGGCAUGUUCAGUUUCGAUGAUCCACCAAUUGGAUCUCAGUUUCCUGUUGGAAAGGAGCUGAUACAAUUAGAUGAAGUACCAGUUGGAGUACAUGACAGACAAGACAAAUAUCUAGAAAAGGGAGAUGAAGUGUUCUGCGAAGUGAAUGUUUCUGGUGUAAAAUUCUAUCACAGUGGAAUUUAUGCUGGUGACGGAAUGUGCUACCAUUUUGUCUGCGAUGCUCAAGAAUCCGAAUCGUUUGCCGAUGCCCUUGCCGUUUUCAGUGGUGCAUCUGCCCAUGUUGUCUAUGAUACAUGGUUUGAGUUUGUCUACGCAUUGGUCGAGGUGUCAGAUGUGCCGCCCAAAAUAUUCAGAGCUUCUCAUCCGUUGAUUUGUAGGUCUGGAGAGCAGGUUGUAAAAUAUGCUGAACAUCUGCAACGUGAGCUUGAAAACUAUGACAUCCGUCGUUGCAACUGCCAACAUUUCUCAUCGGAGUGUUCAACUGGCGUCCCAUUCUCUUAUGACAUGACUUCUAACUUCAAAUAUCUUGCUUGCACAGUACUGAAACCAACGUCUACUGUCGUCAACGCCAUGACUAGGCCCAAUCGGGAUCGCUCAAGUUUUGCGAGCAGCAGUACUUCUUCGUAGAAUUUCAAUUUGUACUUUACCUUUCAUUAUAUUCAUCGGGUGUUGCUAGCCUUCUAUAGUCAUUCUGUUCUAUCUCAGGAUUUCAUUUGUUAUUCCUUUCUCAUGAUUCCAAAACACUUUAAUUUAUUUUUCCUCUAAGCAUUCUGGGUUCACAUUAAUCUCUAUUUGUAAUUCGAAAAACCUCAAAACUUUACUUUCUCCUACUUUGCAAAAUUACGUUUCUGUUCCAUUUUCAUGUGUACUUUUUCGCCGUUGAUACCGGAUUAUGUAGGACAACUUUAUUUGUUCAGUGGGUAAAAACUGCAAUAAAUGCAUAAUUGGUU